CUUCAUUUCUGAAUAUUAUUUUACUACCAUUUCUUCCUUCCCAAAUACACACAAUGCCACAAUGUUCUCACUCCCAUCCUUCUUAACGACUUUCUCCUUUACCCUCCCCUCUCUCCCCUCGAUUUCUCUCCCAGCAAACAUUCAACGCCGCUUCUUAUCCUAUGUCCUCAAGCGAACUCUCGGCCGAUUUGUCAGUCAUCAAGCACUCGAUGCUGAACGGAUACAAGCCCAGGUUAGCGAGGGGUGGGUCGAAAUUGAGAAUCUGGAGAUCGAAUGUUCUGAGAUUAACAAUUACAUUCCGCCACCCCUUCCUUUAUCGCUUACAAGUGGCACAAUUAACAAGCUCACCGCGAAAUUACCAUUCCCUAACCUGUGGUCAGAUCCUCUCCAGGUGUCUCUUGACACUCUAACUCUGGACUUUACUCUUUCUUCUCCGUCGCCGUUGUCUCGCGGAAGGGCCGCUACUCGACCUGAGCACCAUGACCUGGCGGAAUCGGUGACAUCUGCGGCCGAUGACUUUCUACAUCACGAACUCGAUGCGUAUGAAGAGAAGGAGCUCGAAGGAUCUAUACGCCAGAGCCUUAUACUCUCUCAAACUGAUCCCUUUAUCAGUGAUGUACCUGGAGGUUUUCCUUUGGGUUCGCCGGGGGAAAUUAGCCCUGGUCGACCACUUCCUGCCAAUAUGGAGAGCACAACUGUCUUGGCAGGGAUGGUAGAGCGUAUCCUGGCCCGGUUGGAAUUCAGAGUGGAGAAAAUUAAAAUACGACUUGUCAUUGAGGAUGAGGAAGAUGUUGUGGAAUUGACUGUUGGGAGAAUACGGUAUGCUGAUGAAAGCGAAGCUCAAACGAAUGAUGAUGGCAAAAGCACAACAAGGGCGAUUCGAAUAUCUAACAUAUCGCUUGACAUUGUUCCUUCGCAACGCAAACCACCUUCCCUUGUGAUUCCCCAGCGUCAAUCACUCGAGCCGUCCGUGUCUUCUUCUACCUCGACCGCAUCAACUUCCUCGGGGAAUGAUUACUCCGAUAUGUUCAUGUCUCAAGCUGUUGUCGAUCUAAGACAGAGCUUGUUGACACCAGAGCAAAUAUCAGAGCCGGCUAACGAGCAAACUGUCCAUGAGAGCAACAUGUUCUAUAGUGCUUUGAGCCAGCCCAACGAGUCAGAACCUGGUGCCAGUACCGGAAUCAAGAGGUCCGGAAUUUCACAGAAUCCAAAGUUAGCAGACGAAAUAGAAGAAGAAAGAUCGAGGUCUGAGACCCCUACGCCGGAGACCAAGCCUCAGCCGUCCGGUAUACCUGUGCUCAGCUUUGGUCAAGAGGAUGUGGUUCUCCAUAUGCGUACAACUCGACCUUUGAUCUCUGCCGGGCAUCAAACCUCUUUCAACGACAACAAGCCCACUGUCGAAAUGAAUAUCACUAUCGGGACUAUUACCACCGUUCUUUUACCUUCGCAUUUGAAGUUAUUUAUAUCUGCGCUGCAGACCUUGCAAGCACUAUGUCAGAAAGACGAUGUACCUGCGGCAAAGGAUAAGCCUGCUCAGUCAACAAGCCCUCAGACCCGGCUAACGGCUACGACGAAGCUGAAAGCUUUCUACGUAUCUUUGGUAUACGAUCUCUCAGCCGAAACUUCUCUUAACCUGCAUUCUACUAUGGCUUCCCACUUGACUCGCCCAACAAACCCUAUUCCCUAUCCCCAUCUACGUUUCCGAUUAGACACUCUUGUUGCUUCAUACCAGAGCCCUGGCCAUUCCAAUCCGUCUCGCCCUGCGUUUACACGGCCCACACCCAACAUGUCCACUGCUAACCUUCGACGAAAGUCCAGCGGCCAUGCAAGGUUUGGAUCGCUCCCAUCAAAUUUGACUGUGAAUGUAGGGGAUAUAUCUCUUUUCGAAUGGAUGGGUGAAGGGAUGAUCGCACCUGUCAUUCUUUUCGAUCCUGGACUGAAGCACCAAUACGACCUCCCCUCAGCCCCCCCGCAUAAAGGACAAGCGGGCUUCCCCGAGUGUGAAUGUAGAGAUUGGAGAGAAGAGAAGAAGACUGGCAGUGAAAAGGCUUGGAGGGUGCGUCCGAGAGGCAGAGGUAUCCUCAAAGGUGGCGCAAGAGCGACUACCGAAGAUGAAGGGCCUGUCGUUCACGUCAGGCAAGAUCUCGGAAGCGAUAGCGCGGCUGUCAUAAACCUUCAAUCUUUGCAUGUCUUUGUGGACCUUUCCCUUAUUGAACGCCUUUUACCCCUCUUACGUUCAGUCACGCCCCUAAUCCAUCCGCCCGAGCCUACACCAGCAUGGCUGCAAUCAGUUCCGUCGCAGUCGAUUAGUGAGGAAAUCACCCCAGAAUCCAUCAUAUCAUCCUUAUCUGCUCCACCACCCACGGCCAGGGGAAAGAAGAUGAAAGCAGACAUACGUUGCGACUUAGUGCGUUUGAGCGUUCGCUGCCCUGCUCCUCCACCAGAGCCUGCAGAGCGACAAAUUGGAGAUGGUCGUCAACUGCGGUCUGGUAUCGUAUUCGUAGAUGUUCAUGGUCUGAAGAGUAGGUUCAUGGACACGUCCAGGACAGGUACUCGACCUGCGUCGAGCGAGGUUGCGAACGUGGAGUUUGAACAAACACUCAUCUUCUUUGCCUCUGUCUCUCAACAUUACGCCUAUCCGUUCCUCAUCUUUGCACCUCUUUCUCCUGAGCCUGGAGAAGAAGAUAUCCCUCUUUUGCCAUCUAUAUCACUUUCAUCUUUCCCUCAAGCUUCUUCCUUGCCGGCCUCAUCUAUUGCCAAGACAACCCUUGUAACCUGCAAAAUGCCAGCUAUCCGGGCUUCUGUCCAUCAUCCCACCGUUACCGGUUUACAGUACUUUGCGGAUGAUGUGACUCGCUGGCUCGAUGUAGCCUUCGCUGAUGGCUCCGCAAAACCACGGGAUGAAUUGAAGAUGAUCGGUAGUCGUUUCUUUGGUGGAUCCAAAGGUAGCGAAGCUAGUAGUGAGAUUGAUGAACCCUAUGAUGUUGAGGAGGUUGCAGCUGGCAUGAAAGUUGAGAUUGAGAUCAGUGAGAUUGACAUGGGAUUGUACGUGCCGAGGCUGGAUGCCUCAGGAGAGAGGGUAUUCAGUUUCAAAGCGAAUGAUCUGGGCGUGCGGAUGGAGACACAUCCAGAGGAGAACGAGACAGCACUGGAGCUUUCUAUCAUGGAUCUCGACUUUUCAGAUGUUUCGUCCACACCACUCAGGAUAUUAGGCAGAACGACGCCGUUCACUCUUACUUCACAUCAAGCCCCUGUCGUUUAUCUUCGAUUUGUCUCAUCUACCGACCUUCGUACAACGUUAAAGGAAAGCAACAUAUCUGUCGCCCUGUCACAUUUCACAUUCGCCGUUCACAAGGAGAUUGCAUGGCUUCAUGAGAUUGCGCAGUUUGCUAAGCCUCCUAAGGGAGUGUUCGAAAACCUUUCACCCACGGAUCUCACUCGACUGUCAAUCAACUUGUCCUCAGCCUCUUUCCUUCUCGUUCCGCCCAACCUACCCGGGUCUAUUGUGAUUUUAGUGAGAGAGGUUGAAGGAAAAACUGAGAUACCAAAAGGUGCGACAGAUAGUGUUUUGGAAGUAGGCAUGAGCGGUUUGGGAGCAUUGGCUGUUGAGGGAGAAAGUGGCCCGUUAGAAGUUUCAAGUGAUCUGGCGGAUGUUUGGAAGAAAGCGGGCUAUGCGCAAUUGGCAGAAGUCAUGGUUCUUGAGCUUCGGUUGAUGCGAGAGCUCGUCGCUGCUGGUGAAGUAUCUCUUGACAUCACUCAGGCUCAAUUCAAGGUGACUGCUUGUGCCGAUUCUCUAGCUACCUUUGCAGAAAUCGCAACGGAUUUCGGGCGUCUCUUCCCCAACAAAAAGGAAGAACAUGUCAAGUUACCAAGUAUGGGACAGUCAAUAAAUGUUUUCGACUCUCUCGACGAAAAUGCCUUCAAUCUUUUGCCAGAAAUUGUUUCUCACUCUGAUACUGAUAUGAUUGAAGACGAUCUUCCUCACAACCUCGAUUAUUUGGACCACGCCACUCGUAUUUCGAAGCAUUAUCCAUCAAUGGAUCGCACUACUGGAGAAAACUUGCGCGCUUGGCAUACCCCAGAAGAAGGCUUGGAGGAAGGAGAAUGGGAGAAUGGCGAGAGCGGUGAAACUAUCAGAGCGUUUGGAGGGGAAAUUGAAGAAGAGGAAGGCUAUUGGGAAGGAUUGCCCAUCCUGAAUGAUGUUUAUUCGGCUGAUCAAAAACCAGGCAAAAUACAUAUUCGCGUUCUCGAUGCCAGCCUUAAAAUCUUCUUGCACGAUGGGUAUGAUUGGCCUCGCACACGCAAAGCGAUCGAAGACGAAGUUCGUGCUGUCCGCCGACGUCUCGAACGCAUACGUCAGCUGUUGGCUUCCGGACAGAAAGCCGACGAGAGUAUUGAAAACGCUACAAGCAGCGUCUUGUUUAACUCUAUCUACAUCGGGUUGGAGCAGAAGGGCGAAAUGGGUCUCUCUACAAUGGGUAUGGGCAAGAUGGAUGAGAAGGCCUUAAUGGCUGCUAUCGAUGAAGAGCUUGAUGGUAUGGAGACGGAAAGCGGCAGUUCCUGGCAGACUCUUCCUGCAGGUGUUGGAGCUGGACCAAGCGCUGUGCAUCAAGCCCAUAAGAAGACCAGGCUUAAAGGAAAAAGGCUUGUUCGAUCUAAGAAGGCUCAAAUCGAGAUAACUCUAUCAGGCAUCAAGACUGACGUUGACUUGUACCCGACCGAAGAAUCAACCUCCUCUCGAGUACAUUUCACUGCCAAGGAAAUGGAGAUUCUGGACCACAUCAAGACAUCAACAUGGAAAAAGUUUCUCACCGAAAUGAAGGCGGAUAACAGAGGCAACAUCAGGGAGACGGAUGCCGACAUGCUGAGAAUAGAGUUGGUUGGUGUGAGACUAAAAGAGGAUGAAGAAGAGCUGCGCUUGAGAGCUAAGAUUCUGCCCCUUCGACUACAUGUCGAUCAAGAUGCUUUGGACUUCCUCAAACGAUUCUUCAGCUUCAAGGCUCCCCCUAUGACUUCAGCCAGACCUCUGGCACAACAUACCACCUCAUCUACACCUGAUUUGUACUUCCAGCAUGUUGAAAUUUUCCCGAUCCAGCUCAAGCUUGAUUAUAAGCCUAAGCGCGUUGAUUUCCGAGCUCUUCGUGAAGGCAAAACUAUCGAGUUGAUGAACUUCUUCCACUUUGAAGGAGCUGAAAUGACUCUUCGCCACAUCACCCUGUCGGGAAUUACCGGAUUGGAGCGCUUGGGAACAACGUUGCAAGACCUCUGGACCCCAGAUGUCAAGGCCAACCAACUCGCAGAUGUCAUUUCUGGUGUUUCUCCCAUCCGAUCGAUGGUCAACGUAGGCUCUGGGGUUGCAGAUCUAAUUUUGUUGCCUAUCGAACAGUAUCGUAAAGAUGGAAGGAUCGCCAAAGGUGUUCAAAGAGGGACAAAUAGCUUUGUGAAAUCGACUGCUUUGGAGGUGAUGAAGCUGGGUGCGCGUUUGGCUACUGGUACACAAGUAAUUCUGGAGCGAGCGGAAGGCGUCUUAGGCGGCAAGUCGGGUGAAGAUGUCGUUGGGCAGGUACAAGGAUUGUCGACAAACGCGUUUGGGGUAGACAGUGGCAUGCUGGAAGGAGGGUCAAGUAGUGAAGACGAGCAGGAGGCAAUCAGCAGAUAUGCCGACCAGCCGGAGAGUAUGAAGGAGGGCGUUCAAGCGGCGUACAAGAGUCUGUCGAAGAAUGUGAACGCCGCUGCACAGACCAUUCUUGCGGUACCCAUGGAGGUAUACGAGAGAUCUGGAGACGAUGGGCCUCUCAAAGCUGUAAUUCGUGCCGUGCCCAUCGCGGUACUCAAACCAAUGAUUGGUACUACCGAAGCUGUGAGCAAGACUCUUCUGGGCAUGCGCAACAGCCUGGAUCCUUCGGCGCGACGGGAGUUGGACGACAAGUACAAAUAGAUGUGCAUAUAUACGACAGUUUUUAUGGCGAAGUGCUGUAUCAUACGUGAUGCGUAGGCUCUGCUUCAUCUGUAAUCUUAAUCUGCAUAAGUGAUGCCUUUUCUGCUUAUUAUGAAAGGACCGCCACGGAUCAGAUGAUAUGAAAGGAGCUUGGUCGCUACCUCAAGGUGAUUGCUCUCACGCAAGUGG